AAAACGAAUGACCUUAAGGUUAAAACCUCUAUAAUCAAAACAAAAAAGGAUGAUUUCCAUAUUUCUGUGAACUGAAAGACUGGAACUCGGUUGAGCCAAGGAAAAAGAAUACCAAAACGUCACUCUAUUUGAAUGACACUGACAGAAAAUUGAGAUUAUUUAUAGAAAUUCAGCAUCUUUAGGUUUGACAACUCAUUUGUAGUCUCAUGGCAUGCCUUCAUCGAAUCGAGUGCCUCUGUUCAGCAUCCUAGCAUCCUAUUGAUGAUGCAAAUGUUUGUAAUAUUCACCGAAUGCAUUUUUCCCUAUCCCAAUGAAUACCACAGAGUCAAUCUUUCUAUGCACCAGCAUCAAUAACACGAAUAACAAUUCCCACUAUUCCACCUUCUUUCAGGAAUGCCACUGGAGGUGUACGGUACCUGGUAUCCGUUCGCGUACCCCUUCAACCAGGUGGCAUGUAUAAUCACCGGUCUUCUAUCGGAAACGGCCACCAACGCGACAGUGCUGACCAUCACCUCGUUCACCGUCGAACGGUACAUCGCCAUUUGCCACCCGUUCCGGUCCCACACGAUGUCGAAACUGUCAAGGGCAAUCAAGUUCGUGAUCGCAAUCUGGUUGGUGGCAUUCGGACUAGCCACCCCCCAAGCGCUGCAGUUUGGGGUGGUGGAAAAUGGCAACUCGCGGCUCUGCACGAUAAAAAAUCGCCACUUUGAGCACGCCUUCGAGGUGUCCAGCUUUCUGUUCUUCGUCGGCCCGAUGACGGUCAUCGCCGUGCUGUACGUCCUGAUUGGGAUUAAACUGCGGAAGAGCAAACUGCUGCAGGGAAUCAAGCGGCAGGGUACCAGUAGCGGAUCCGGAACAGGCGCGGGCAAUGGCACCAGCGGUGACGCAGCAUCCGGUGGGAUGGGUUACCGCGGUAUCACCGGCCAGACACGUGUGAUACGAAUGCUGGUGGCAGUGGUGGCGACGUUCUUCUUCUGCUGGGCCCCGUUCCACGCCCAGCGGCUGAUGGCAGUGUACGGAGCGGUCACCAACACGAAUAAUGUGUUCUUCUUCAAGGUCUAUACCGUGCUGACGUACAUUUCCGGCAUACUGUACUUCCUGUCGACGUGCAUCAACCCGCUGCUGUAUCACAUCAUGAGUCACAAGUUUCGCGAUGCGUCCCGGCGCACCCUAAAGCUAAGCUGCUGCGGAAAGGAGCUGAAGCGAGCGGACCAUCAUAACCACACGUACAGUGCCCUGUCGCGGUACGGUAUGCCCGGAAACGGUGGUUCCUUUAAGAUGACCUCGAAUCUCGGCUAUGGUAAUACGAUGCAUCCGAUGCGCGUCGCGUCCGAUAUGCAGUUCUGCCAGCAGGAAUCGGAAAUGUCACUGCUGAGGUGCGAAAAGGGUCGCUGCCAUCAGAAAUUCGACGUUCAGUGCGUCUCGAUCAGCGGUCAUUCGACGAUCAUGACGAACCUUAGUGGAAAUGGGCUCGCUAGGUCGUCGUCGGCGGAACGAAGGCCGUCCUCUUACUGUCGCCAUUCCGGAAGUUUCGGCUCGAAGGAUAACGUUCGAGUGAAUGCAACCGGCGGAUGUUCGCUGGAGAAUGGCGGUGACCCGGGAGGUAAACUUUCCACGAUUGCGGAAAAGCUACGCCGUGGAACGAAGCGGGUGCUUAAAUUCAACAAAUCUCCCACGAGCUCGCCCACGAAAGAUGAUCCGGCGAUUGGUGUGGUAGUGGGGGAACGGGACAGCAAGCGACGCUGGUUGAAGAAAAAGGAGAGCGUCGAUUCGGUCGAUACGAACACGAUAAGUAACUCCAGCUUGAAAGAGUAUGAUGAGGAGGAGUUUUCCAGUGCGGAAUUGGCGCGGUUCAUGAGUGAGGUCAAUAACGAAAUUCGUUGAGCGGUUGGGUGAGAAACGUGUAGUACAAAAGUUUAAUGAGAAACGUGUUUGUGAGUUUAAGGAACAAUAGGUCCACAGUAAAAAAAAGCACAACGAUCGUCUAGGUAGGACUCAGGAAAUGCGGUAACUGUUUUGUCGAAGGAAUGGUAGGAUGUAGUUUCUUAGUAUAGGCCGCGUAGGAAGUAUUAUUCAGACAAGCGUUUGUAUAAGAAAACUAUUUAUUUUUCCCUGAAGUAAAUGCAGCAUAGCUGUUAAUAGAGUGAAAACAAUACAUUGUGAAUAGAAAUGCAAAUACUUGCCUGCUAAUAAGCUUUUGCCAGUCUCGCAUGCUACGUAUUUAGGUCUUCUAGAAAAGGACGUAGAACUCGAAUUGAAUCAGGAAUUAAGAAUGCGAAAUUAGUAUUAGUAUUGACGAAGUUAAACCCAUUUAUCAUUCUAUAUUUACAAAAUAAAGAACAAUGUUUUCGCUCAUUUCAUUCGAAUUCUGUAAUUGUGACUGAUUUUAUUCGAAUUUAGUAGUAGUUUAAAUUUUAGUAUUGUCUAUCUCAAGACAAUCCAGCAUUUCGUCGAAAGGUUGCUAGGGUAAUGAGCCUAUUUUGGCCCUAUCAGAAAGAGGGCAGCAUUAUUGUGUGAAUAAGUUUCUAAUGAAGCUAUACUAUCUAGAACCAUUCUUAGAAUAAAGUAUCCGUGUACUGUUUCUUAAGCAUCAAUAUAAUACUUAUUUAGCAGAAAUGUCUCAAUUUUCAGCAUAAAUGAAAAUAAAUGUUCUAUUCUGUGCAUCAAUGGUCACUGCAACAAUCCAAUGAUUGCCUCUUUGGCGUGCCAAAUCUAGUUGAAACGCAAUGACUUACGUUCCAUUGCCCCGAAAAAUUUAUAUAACCAGGGGCCCUAU